UGACAUGUAAAAUGUUACAUUUCCAGCUGUAACCAAACCGACAGAGCAAGAAAACAAAUGAUUGUGCGCCAUGAAACAGAAUAAUGGUAUUAUACAAUUCUAUAUAUAUUUAAAUAUAUAUAUUUUUAUUAUUCAGGCGGUGAUAGGUCAGCUAAAGCCAGGACCCAAAACAUCUAGUAGCCAAAAUUGCACCAUUAGCAUUAAGGCUAGCUCCCAUACUAGAAGGAGACAGGACUUUUUAGUUUGUUAAUAAACACUAGUAUGGCUGAGUCACCUGCAGUGGUAACGUUGUGUGAAAAUCCAAAUGAAGUCUUCCUAGACGUUGCAAAGUUGUUGCUUACAUACGCGGACAACAUUUUAAGGUAUCCCAAUGAGGAGAAGUACAGAUCGAUCCGCAUAGGCAAUCCUACAUUCUCUACCAAGCUGUUGCCCAUCAAAGGUGCAGUGGAAUGCCUUUUUGAAAUGGGAUUUCAGGAGGCAGAGACCCACCUGGUGUUUCCCAAGUCUGCAUCAGUAGAACAGCUGAAGCUAAUCAGGGAAUCCAUAGCAGCAGAGAGGGAGCAAAGGCUGCUUGCAGGACAAGCUGUCCAACCUACUGCUCAGGCUGUUCCAGCCUCAGCCUCAGCCUCAACAUCAGCCUCAACAUCAGCACCAGAGAGCAGUGCUACUGCUUCCAGCCAGCCAAUUACACCACCUCCACUACAGCCUUCAUCCUUGGAGAGCAGUAUGAGCUUUUUUGUGACUCUCCAGUCAAACUUCCAGCAUGUGAUGCUGUAUGAAAACCCUGAGCUGCAGCAGAAAGCCAGGGGCUGCAUCCCUCACCAGCAGAUGUCCUCUGCUGCUGAACACAAGCUGAAGGAGGCCAAAGAAGCCGAUCCAGAAUGUAAACUUGGAAUAGAAGAAUUCCUGGUGUUGGAGUUGCUCAGAUGGUUCAAACAGGACUUCUUCUCCUGGGUGGACUGUCUGCCCUGCAGCAGCUGCAAUGGCCCCACCAAGAACAAUGGCUCCCUCAGUCCUACCACUGAAGACCUCCGCUGGGGAGCCCAGCGAGUGGAGAACCACUACUGUCAGAGCUGCCGACUCUCCACCAGAUUCCCCAGGUACAACAAUCCUGAGAAGCUUCUUGAAAGCAGGAGAGGGCGCUGCGGGGAGUGGGCUAACUGUUUCACACUGUGCUGCAGAGCCCUUGGCCUCGAGGCCAGAUAUAUAUGGGACAGCACAGACCAUGUGUGGACAGAGAUUUACUCCGUCUCUCAGCGUCGCUGGCUGCACUGUGACUCCUGUGAGAAUGGCUGUGAUAAGCCCCUACUGUAUGAGGUUGGCUGGAAGAAGAAACUGGCCUAUGUUCUGGCUUUCUCUAAGGACCAGGUGGUGGAUGUGACAUGGAGGUACUCCUGCAAACAUCCAGAGGUUUUGUCGAGAAGGACCAGGGUUCAGGAGGCCUGGCUGCGGCACACCAUUAACGGGCUUAAUGCCUCGAGGCAGCAGUCCCUGAGUCCAGACAGAAGGAAGGAGCUAACAGAGAGGCUGCUCGUCGAGCUUGUUGAGUUUAUUUCCCCCAAGAAACCUAAUCCAGGAGAGCUGGGCGGACGCAACUCUGGCUCUCUGGCCUGGAGGAUCGCACGCGGGGAGACCAGACCGGCUGAUACAGGGACCUCCACACAGACUGCAGGUUACGUGUUUACUCCUACUGAGAAGGAGAAGAGUGACAAGUUGCUGCAUGUGCGCUACAAUGCUGCCAAAGACCAGUACUAUCGAGUGUCCAACAACUGUGAGGUGGUUGAGUGCUGGGAUCAGUGUGUGUGGAGGAAGGAGUCAGUCUUCAGAAAGGUGGAGGAAGACUGGCUCAUGGUGUAUAUAGCUCGAACAGAGGGCUCUUCAAUGGGAAAAAUUAGCUGGAAGUUUGACUUAGCUCCAGCGGGAAUGAAGAUAAAGUCUCUCUCGAUCAUGGCAAGUAGCCAGACCUUCCACUCUGGGAAAGUCUGCUGGCAGUUGCAAGCAGGCCAGAUUACUGAAGAGUUCCCCGGAGAUGGGAAUAUGCAGUCAUUCCAGAGUCUAUCCGGCUCCUCAGAGUUCAUUGUUGUAGCAGAACUCUGUGGUGGAGAAGGGGACUCGUCAUGGCAGCACUCUCAGCUCUUCAGACAAAGCUCGGAGGAGACGCAGGAGCCUUCAUUUGAAAUCCUCAUCCACUUUGAAGCUGCUUAACAGUUGAUUUACAUAGCAAAAUUGGGGUGUCUAGUCUGUUUUUCAGUGUUGACUGUUGUUUGGAUGAUAAGAUUGUAUGAUGUAAAUUCAGUGCAAUAUUUAAGUCUGUGUCAGUCCUCCUAAGAUGAUUAAAUAUGCAUGGUCUAAUGAUGAAUGAGAUAGAUGAAUGAAAACACAAGUUUUGUACCUAUCACA